CGCGCGUCCACUUUUGUAUCACACGGGUAACCGGCCGAACGCCUGCGCCUUACAUUCAGAAAAAAAGGUUUCUUCGGCUUCGCUUGGCCGGUUGGAUGUAAACACAUAGUGCAAGUAAACAUGCGGUGACUGCCCUGUAUAGUGAUUGAAGUGUGACGGACUCAGUGCUGAGCUUUCGUGAAGUGCUAAGUUUCCAGCCAUCAUGUUCUUAUCAAAGAUUACGUUCUGUCUGCUUCUGGUAGCCGUUGCAGUGAACGCCGAGAAAAAAAUCGAACUGCAAGACAUAGAAGAAGAUAACUUGAGAAGUGAAAAGCAAAAGCAGUAUGAUAAAUCAGACGGACGAUCCCAAAGUCCAACCACUGCCACAACCCCAGGCUCACCUCCAUUAGAUUUUCUUAAAAAUGGUCUUUUUCAAUACUUUGGAGGUCCGAUUCAACAGCCACAGCAAACGCGAUACGUUCAACAGUACGAUGUUACAGAGCAGCCUGAAAGAUCGUCUAUCAUUGCACCAAAGCCUCAAUAUGGACCUCCAGCGCAGCAAGCUAUGCUGGGUUACUUGUCAAACGUACCAAUGCAAAUAUAUUUAGUGCCGCAAUAUUACAAUGAACCUACUGAGCAAGCGGCACAUCCACAAAAUGAAGUUCAGAUAUCAGCGCCUGCUCCAGCAAGAGUGCCAGUCUAUCAAGAACAUCAACAAGUACAACAACAAGCUAAUUACAUUGAAGUACCGACGUACGUUACCCCGACAGGCAAACCUUAUGUUCAACAGCCCUACACUUCCCCUGUAUUUUAUGUAAGUCAUGGCCAGCAAAGCAUUGCACCAGCGCAAGCUGCUGUAACACCAGUUUUGGCUUAUCAGGUGCCCCUAGUCCAAUAUCCUACUGCGAUAUCUGCACCACCACCAAAGGGAUAUUACCAAAGUCAGCAAUUCACAGAAACAAACUCUGUCGACGAAACACAAGUAAACGAAUACAACCAUCCACAGCAGCAGUAUUCUAGUCACACAGAAAUUCCCUCUAAGCAAUCAGCUCCAGACUUUCCUCGGUACUACAACUCUAGGGCUCCUAUUAGAGAAGAAUAUCGAGGCCCACUUGAGUUACCUCAUCCUCACUCACUUCUUUUGAAAGCACCGCCGCCGCAUUUAUCCCACAUUCCUAAAGCCUUGCCAGAGUAUCGUCCUGUAUCGAAACCUGUGUACGCAUUAGGAGGAGGUUUCAUAUCAAGUGCGUAUACUCCAAGACCAAGUGAAUCAUACAGUACAUUUAAGAGAAGACCAACAUCUCUAUUAGAUUCAUAUAUUCCGUCCAGUGUUCAAAUAGAAUAUUUAAAGAGAGGAUAUACUAAAGACCCAUUGGCGGCUUACGAAGCGUUGUCAAGUGCUCGAUUCUUGUCACAAACACCUGUGAUUCCAAGACAUUAUGAACGUGGUUUCUUGCCGAAUCAAUUAUAUCAUACAGCUGCUGGUGGUAUCACAUUUGGACAUCACAAACGAGCCCCAAAAAUAGAUAAAGGUUCACAACAAUAGACGACAGAUCAAAUAAGUUAAAAGGACUUUUAUAAGUAAGCUUAGGCUAAGACUUUUACAAAUUAUAAUAUAGACUGAGUUAAAUUUUUGAAGCGAGUUCAUAUUUUGUAAAUACUCAUUUGUUAUAUUUUAAGAUUUAUGUUAUUUAAUCAAUGUUAAGGAAAGUGUUAAUGAGGCUAUUGUCAUGUCAUAUUAUUGUUAUUAGUCGAGAGGUCAGUAUUUUAAUCAAUGUUGUCAAUAAAACUUUAUG